AUGACAUUUCUUGGUGUCUCUGGUCCUAUACAAUUCAAUAUUAAUACAACAGAUCGAAUAAGUGGUAGUUAUUAUUUUGCACAAAAUACUCAAUCUUCUUCGAAUAGAUUAAAUUUUGCACCAGUUUUGCAAUACUCUGAACAGGAUGAUUGGCAAGAAUAUUCAGAAGCAAAUGUAAUUAUUUGGCCAGGUAGUUCUUUGAUACCUCCUACUGGUAGAGCAAAACUUGAUGGUGUUAAAUUACGAAUUGGUGUAAUUCAAUCAAUUCCAUUUACAAUGAUUAGUAUCGUAAGAAAUGAACUUGGACAAAAUACAACAAAAUUAAUAGGUUAUGUACUUGAUCUUAUCGAUCUUUUACAAAAGAAAAUGAAAUUUAUUCCCAUCAUUGAAUUAGUACCAUUCAAUCAAACGUAUGCUUCAUUAGGACAACUGGUAGAAGAUGGUUUUUAUGAUAUAAUCGUAGGUGAUGUGACAGUUACAGCUACAAGAAGAGAAAAGACUGGUUUUUCAAACUCAAUAUUUGAUAACACUUUACAUAUAAUCAUGCGAAAAAGUCCUGAUAUUGAAAUCGAUCUGUUUGCAUUCAUGAAACCAUUAUCAUUUAAGCUUUGGUUAUUGAUCUUAGGUGCUACUAUUUUUGCUAGUAUUUUAAUCGUUCUAUUUGAGAGAGAAGAAAAUUUGGUGUUACAGAAUAGAUCAAUUAUUAUUUUAUGUAUAAUGAGUGUUUGGUAUACUUUUGGUAAUCUUGUCGGGUCUGAUACAGAUUCUUUUAAAGCUAAAACAUCUGCUGGACGUCUGUUAACAGCUGGUUUAAAUGUAUUAUGUUUGGCAUUAAUUGCAUCAUAUACUGCAAACUUAGCAUCUGACCGAACAAUAUCAAAAUCGAGGGAUAUUAUUUCUGGAAUCGACGAUAUUAAAAGUGGAAAAAUAUCAUUCAAUCGUAUUGGUGUUCGUGUAGGUACAGCUAGUGAAGAAUAUUACUUAAGAGAAAUCUCUGAAGGUAAUCGAAAUUAUUAUCCAUUAAAGUCUCGACAAGAAACUUAUGAUAGUUUAUUAAAUAAUAUAAUUGAUGUAUCUUUUCUUGAUGGCGGUGCUGCAGAAUAUAUAACUAACAAUAUAUAUUGUAACUUAACAUUGGUUGGUGAAGGUUUUGAGAAAGGUGCAUUUGCUGUUAUUACCCCUAAACAAUGGUUAUAUGGACAAGACUUAGAUGUUAACAUAUUAUCAUUAAGAGAAUCAGGUGAUCUUGAUACUUUGAAAAUAAAAUGGUUUCAAAUAAAGAAAUGUUCUGAUUCAUCGGAAACAUCUAGUGCAAUUGGAAUUGAAUCAUUGAGUGGAUUAUUCAUACUAUUCGGGGUGAUUUAUUUUCUAUCACUAUUAUUAUUUGCAUGGAAAAAACAACAGCACUUAUGCAGAAACGCUGAACUAUCUCACAAUAAUAGGAUAUUUUUGUCACACCUCGAGCAAUCAGUGUAA